CAGUCAACCUCUCUGUGGCCCUUAUCUGUCUCCACCUUCUGAUCUCCUUCUCCAUCACCGUAUCCACUGCCACCCUCUCAAUCCCUCAAUUACCUACACUACCGCACAACAAAUGACCUCCGAAUUAAAGCCAAAGAUUGUAGUUCUCGGCGCCGGCGUCGCGGGCCUCACAUCCGCCCUCCUCCUCGCCCGCACAAAUCUCUACGACGUGUCCGUGAUUGGCAAAUUCCUUCCCGGCGACUUGGAUAUCGAGUACACGAGUCCCUGGGCCGGUGCGAACUGGAUGAGCUUUGUGAAGGACGACGAGGUACUCGAGCGAUACGACAGAAUCACGUAUGCCGAGAUCGCGAGACUUGCAAAAGAGCAUCCUGAAGCAGGUAUCUGGCCCAAGAAAGUCAUAGAGUACGUCCGUGCCGAUGACCUGAUCAAGAACAACCCGCUCCUAGGCGGCCUUCUUGAUGCCCGACCCUGGUUUGCAGAUAUGACCCCCAACUUCAAGCAACUGACCCCAGCCGAAAUGCCAAAAGGCUACGUCCAGGGCAUAACCUACGACUCGUACUGCUUCAACCCGCUCAUCUACCUCCCCUGGCUCGUCUCCCAACUCCUCAGCCACGGCGUCUCCGUCCGCGCGCGCACGGUCUCGCACAUCUCUGAAGCCUUCGCGCACCACGCCUCCGGCCAACCCGCGCACCUCGUCGUCAACUGCACGGGACUCAUGGCGUGCAGACUAGGCGGCGUCAUGGACGACAAAGUCUACCCCGGCCGCGGACAGACCGUGCUUGUGCGUAACCACGCGCCAGCGAUGUAUGACAUCACAGGCUGCUCGGACGCGGACGACGAGCUCACGUACAUCAUGUCGCGGCCCGCGGGGGGUACGAUUCUCGGCGGGUGCUAUCAGAAGGAUAACUGGAACGCGACGCCGGAUCCAAACAUGGCGCAGAGGAUUAUCAGGCGGUGUCUGGAGAUCUGUCCGGAGCUGGAGAGCGAGGGCAAGCUCGACAUCAUCAGACAUAACGUCGGCUUGCGGCCGUCGAGGGAAGGGGGACCUAGAGUUGAGAAGGAGAAGAGGGAGGAGGGGUGGGUGGUUCAUAACUAUGGCGCCGGGGGUGCGGGAUAUCAAUCCUCUUACGGCAUGGCUACUCAUGUAGUAGAGCUCGUGGGCGAGGCUCUCGCGUCGUGACUGGAUCUUCAAUGUCAUGGUCAGAGUAUUCAAUAUUAAUUAUUACAAAAGUACAUCAUUCUUAAAUAUCUUGAUACCACCGUUCUAUAUCCCAUUAUCAUAUCAUGUCACAUCACCAAAAAACUCCAAAACAUAUGUCUCUAUACAUCAGAAUUCCAUACGUCCCUUCUUAUUAAAAUUACGGCCCUUCCACAACCGCCUCUCUCUCUUUCUUUCUUUCUUUCUUUCUUUCCCUGUUUUUCU